UGCGCCGACUUUUAAGAUUUGUUUUUGUUUUAGCCGCUCCGUGCUCUGGCGUUUUGAGGUGCAAGUGCGCUGGUUAUUCGCCGUGUGUAGUUGUGUGAGGACUGCGGUUACCGUUUGUAGAAGGUGUAGAGCGUACAUAAAUGCGUCCAAUUAAUGAUCAUGUCCUACGGGGGCUUUAGUAUUGGCUGCCGCGUCAUAGCUGACAUGGCGGGUAUGCGGGGACUUGGAUUCACUCCUCACAUAGUAGAGUCGAGAGGUGCCCACACAUAACCACGUUAACUUUGGCGGCGGAUCAUCGUUCAGAGCCUGUACCCUUACGAUGAUCUCGCGAGUUAUGGUUGUAAUUAGGCUAGCUGCGACCGUUUUCAACAUCGAUGUUGCCCUUCAACUAGCGUAGUCGGCUGCCUUGGGUUGCAAAUUCACAUUCGAUCUCAGAUUCUACAAGAGACCCCAUCAUGUAUCUCGGCGGUGCAGGCAAAAAUUCAGGUGCUCCUGAUGAGCCACCUGGCAUGUCCCAGUCAGUCAACUUGGGGCACGGCAAGGCAGACUGUCUCCUGUCUUCCGAUCGUGACUUACCACGAAGAGACUUGCGCCAGGUGCAUGCUGACCACGACAGUGUGUACAGAAGGCUCACUAUGGCUGGAGAUCGUUUUAACCCCUCCAUGGGGAAAACGCAUGCCAGCUCAAGUGAUUGGUCCCUGAGCUCAUGUAGAGACUACGACUACAACAAUUUGGUUCCUACUGAUCCUCCUGUAAAAUUGGAACAGGAUUUUUAUCACGGGAAACAUAAAAGUAAAGCCGAGGACCACUGGCAAGAAAUACUAAUGAUGAAAAAGGAGAACGGAGACCUGCUCGCCGAAAAACGGCUUCUAGAGCAGGAGGUAAAGCGUCUUCAGAGGAUUGUAGAUGAAAAGCAGAAAGAACUGAGUGAGCUUCAUCAUCAAAAACAGGAGGGCCUGAUGGAGACUGGGGGUGAGGCUGCUUACCGGCAAAAGUGCAAAGCCCUGAAGGAGGAAUAUGACACUUUGCACAAGAGGUAUGCGGACUUGACAGCGGCUCACAGUGCACACAUGGCACGCCUGGAGCUUUGCCAAGAGGAACUACAGCGGCUCAAACAGGGGGCCGAGGAGGCACUAGCUGAGCGCAACGCUGCCCUGCGUGACCGCACAGGCCUGCAGCAGCAGUGCACAGCAGCCAUUCGCCAGUGGGACAGUGCACUGCGUGAACGCAAUGAGGCCCGUGACCAACUUGCCAAGGUGCAGCAGCAAAGGGAUGAAGCCAUGAAGGAGAUUAACCAAGCCAUGGCUGUGCGCAUCAAAGCCUCUAAGGACCUGUCUCGCCUAACUGAAGAGCGUAAUGCAGCUGUUCAGGAGUACACCUUGAUCAUGUCGGAACGGGAUUCUGUUCACAAAGAGAUUGAACGGUUGCAGGAGGAACUGCAGGAAGCACAAAGCAAAGCACGACAAACUGAAACUGCCCACAAAGCAUCUCUUGAUGAGAUGGAGGGCCUAAAGCGAGAGAUAGCUUCUGCCCUUCAAGACAGAGAUCGUGCACUCAAAGAGCUGAGCGAUCUACGAGAGAAGCAAGCCGAGUGCAACCAACAGUCUAGUUCAGAAGAUGCUAGCCGAGCGGAGGCAGUGCGCAAAGACUCAUUGCCAUCCUCCUUAGCAGAUGCUGAGCAAACCAAUCAAGAAAUGGAAAACCUUCGCCGGAACAUGGAACGUCUGCAGGUGGAGCUGGCUGAGGCACAGCAGGAGGCCGAAGUGUGCAAACGACGUCGAGAUUGGGCUUUCAAUGAGCGAGACAAGAUAGUCCUAGAGCGCGAGAGUAUCCGCAGCCUGUGUGACAAGCUACGGCGCGAGCGGGACAGGGCUGUUAGUGACUUAGCCGAAGCUCUCAGGGACUCGGAUGACAUCAAGCGACAGCGCAAUGAAGCAUCCAAGGAACUCAAGGAGCUCAAGGAAAAAAUCGAAGCCCAGCUGGAGAAGGAAUCAAGAAUGAAGCAACUCAAUUCAGUAGGCAAUAAUCAUAGCAGAGACUCUGCCAUCGACACGGAUCUUCAGGAAUGGGAGACUGAAAUCAAGGAAGUCCACCUUAGGUAUGAAGGUGACUUUGGCUUUGACAUCAGCGGUGGCAAAGAAGACAUGCAGGCUGAGCCUUCUGUUGCGUACUUCUAUGUCAGCUCAAUUCUCAAAGGAGGAACUGCAGAGGGAAAACUCUUGGUGAAUGACGUCAUUCUCAAAGCCAAUGGUCUUGAUGUGGCUGGAAUGGACAAGCGAACUCUGUGUGAUACUGUCCAAAACUCGAAGGGAUCUCUGACUCUGGUUGUGAAAAGAAGAAGAGCCAUGAGCAGUCGGGGAGUCAUUAUGUUAAGCCUGAACUUGGGCAGCUCUCAUGAACAUGGGAUCACCCUGGAAAAUGGCCUUUACAUCACCCGUAUUGGCCCCGGAUCAGUAGCCGCUCGAGAGGGAACUCUAGCGGUUGGUGACAGAAUACUUUCUAUAAAUGGCAAACCAGUGGAAGACCUCAGGAAAGCCAUGGAGUGCUUAGACAAUGCAGAUUCCGCUGUUCAGCUCCAGGUUGUGAAAAAUGCUGUCUUCAGCAGUUCGCCAUCGAGCUCCACUGCCAGUGGCCACAACUUCUCUGAGAAGCUUGAACGGUCACCUCUUGCUCAUGGGUCUCCCCCAGCACACCAGCGUGAGGAAAAGUCUUUUGUCUCAUGCUCAGUGCAGACAGACACACUACAUGAACUUGGAAACCACACCAAAACGUUGACCUUAAGCAGCCGGAGCAGUAAGUCAGGUGGAGCGUCAGAGAGAGCCUCUGUCGGUGUUCAGCCAACACUCCUGGACAAAGCGUACAACAAGAUCUUUGGUGAAAGCGGGUCUCCAAGGAGAAGAAGGCCCUGCUGCCUGACGAAAGGCCCCAUUGAAGAGUUGGACUCGAUGCUGGAGUGCUACAGCAAAACUGGCGGCAAGCGCUCUUCUGGCAGACAACAGGAACAUAAUGGGGGCACAUGGCCCAAGUACCGGGGACCUCCACUCCAGCUAGGCGAGGCCGGAGUGGCCAGCACACUCCAACCUCACAAGCGACGGGAGCGUAAGUCCCUGGCAUCCUUUACAAACAGCCAAGUUCCCUCCUAUGCAGACUUCCCUGCUGAGUUAAGCUCCCCUUCUAGUGGCAACUGCACCUCAAGUUCAGGUUCCUAUGCAUCUCCAGGCAGUCCCCCAAAGGCUCACGGGGUCCAGCAGAGUUCAGAGCGGGUUCCGCUGCAUUAUGCAGCUGGCCUGCCUGAAGACCGCCUGGACUACUCAGUGGUGUCUGCACACAAGGAUGUCCUUGAAAUGUAUCAGCAUCGAGGAGGCUUGAAGAGUCGGCCCCACUCGGCCCACUACCCUCGCGAGGCCUAUGCCAAGCCUGUCACGCCCUAUGCUGAUGUCCUCCUCUCUGGCCAUGUACAUCAAAGCCUGCGUGCAAAUGUGCCUCUGUACCCGCAACCACGAGGCCACCAGCAUGCCUACUACCCAUACAUUUCACGUAGUGGGGACUCGCUCCUAGCAGGUGACGGGGCUGAGAGCUUGCGAUAUGGACCAUUGGGUGACAAAGGGGAUGGCCGUUAUACGCCGUCUCCAUGUCCAUCCCAGUACAGCUUUUCAGGCACUUCACCAACUCACAGCCUGGACUUCCCCCAACAGUUCCAACCUGUUGCACCAGCCCCUAAGCGCCUCGUGCCCACACAUGUGCAUGGACCUUUUCGUCCCGAAGAGACUUACCCACAACCCUCAUAUGAUGGUUUAGCUACAUUUCCAAAGCGGACACGCAUACGGAUCCCAUCAACACCAAGUGUCACUUCAAAGUCAUCGCAGAAAGUGUCUACAAGCUCAAUAGAGAAGGCCCCAUCACUCACUGAUCGUAGCAGCCCAAUGCCAGCUUUUACAGUGGAAUUGCUGACUCCCAAUGGGUCUCGGGCCAUCACUGAGCUUAGAGGCCGAAGACGACCCAAGCCUGGUGACAUGCGAAGGAUAGUGAUUGAAAAGAGCCUGGAGCCCCUUGGAAUACAGAUUAAAUGUGGUGCUGGUGGCACCAUUUUUGUGUCUUCUGUCUCCGAGAAUAGCAUAGCUGCUCAAGCCAGCCUUCAGGUUGGAGACCAGCUGCUGGAGGUAUGCGGGAUAAACAUGCGCAACGCCACUUACCAGCUGGCAGCUAAUGUUCUUCGGCAGUGCAGGGACAGCAUUACAAUGCUCGUGCAGUUCAAUCCUGACAAGUAUCGGGAAGUAGCUUCUGACAACAUCAGCACAAGUGAAGAGAAUUCACCUGUGGACACUCCUGCUGCUUCACCCAAGAUGCGCCAUUCCAAACGAUCUGACCUGAUUCGUAUUUCAAACGAUGAUGUCCCCAGUUCAGCUACAUCCACCCUGACGCGGCAGAAGCAGUCCUGCGUCAGUGCAAAGGGUUCCAGAGCAGAGCCCCGAAUUGUCCUUUUGAGGAAGGCCAGCCCGAGUCUCGGCAUUACGCUCCUUGGUGGCAAUGCAGUCGGCAUCUUUGUCCAUUCGGUGCAAGAGGACUCCCCAGCCAGUGGCCCAGGAGGUCUGCUGCCAGGCGACCAGAUAUUAGAAUACAAUGGCACUGAUCUGAGAAAUGCUACUGCAGAGGAAGCUGCGUAUGAGCUUGCCAGCAACACUGAGAAUGUUCAUAUUGUUGCACAGUACAAUCCUGAGCGGUUUGCCGAGAUCCAGGAACAGCCUGGUGACUCCUUCUAUGUGAAAGCCCUGUUUGACCGGGCCUCAAUAGAUGGCUCACUGGCCUUUCACAAGGAUGACAUCCUUUAUGUGGACAAUACUAUGUACAAAGGGGUGCCUGGCCAAUGGCGAGCAUGGAUCCUCGAUCAGGAUGGACAGAAGCUGAAGUGUGGCUUCAUCCCGAGCAAGUACAAGGCAGAAGAGGAGCUGCUGAUGAAGCGAAGUUUGCUAGAUUUGGAGGAAGGGGGCACUGGACGAAGGGGCUCCACCUCAACCCGGCGCAGCUUCUUCCGCCGGCGGAGGCACCAGCAGCGCUCACGAGAAGAUGGCAAAGAACUGGCCUCUUUUUCUGAUGUUUCUAUCAACAACAGUUGCGGGGGCUCUGCAGGCACCCUUGCUGAGGAUGUGCCACCAACUUACCUUCGUGUGGACCGGCUGAACUACCCAAGUCUGCGGCCUGUAAUCCUGGUGGGCCCACUGCAGGAGGCAGUGGUAGAUAAGCUAGAGCAGGACUUUCCACAACAAUUCCAACGCUGUCCAUCACAGCCCCUGCGUGGCUCAUUGCAGGCCCUGGAACAAGGGCUACAGGACUUAAGUCUGCUUGAUUUCCGCCGCAGAGGUUCCCACUAUGAGUGCCUCACCCUUGAUGCCCUCCGCUACUGUACCAACCACAAGCUUUGCCAUGCUCUGCUGGAUGUGAGUUUAUCUGCUGUUGAGAGGCUCAACAGGUGCCAGAUCUUCCCAAUUGUUAUAUUUAUCAAGUUCAAAACGACCAAGCAAAUAAGGGAAGUGAAGGAUUCAACUUAUUUGACGGAAAAGGUGACCACCAAGGCUGCUAAGGAAAUGUAUGAGCAUGCCCUGAAGAUUGAAAGCGAGUACAAGCAUCUCAUCAAUGCUGUUAUUCCUGGGAGCAACCUGGCCUACAUGUGCACCCAAGUCAAGAUGUGUGUAGACGAUGAGCAGAAUAAGGCCCUCUGGGUUCCCUCUGGAUCAAUCUGACAUUGGUUGGUGGCAGCUGUGGAGGCCACCCAAGCUGUGUUUUCCCUCCUCCUCUUCUCAGCAGCUCUGUGUUGGCAGCUCACUUGCCCUAUGAACAAACUUGGAGAUGCAGCAACUCUUACUUAAUUUCACACGCCCUUUCCUACUCAUGUACAGGGCACGUGUGUUCCUUUGGAUGCCACCAACAUUGCAAUUAGCCCUUGGCUCAUCUUGUUAGACCGGUUGUGAAACAUUGUACACUUGUUUAUGUUUGCAGAGGCAGCCACUUGUGUUGUGGUCGUUGUAGAGAGUGUUCAUAGGCUAAUAUAUGCAUAAAUAGUAUAUAUAUAUAUAUACAUACAAUAUAUAUAUAUAUAUAUAUAUAUAAAUAUAUUAAGGAUGUACCUGUACAGGCAUACACACUGGCAUGCACCAGACAAUUGCCAUUUUCUCUCUAUGUACUACAUGCAGACGCACAUACAUAUACAUGCAAACAUAAAGACACACAUAUACUGCAAUUAAUUGCAUUAACCUUUUUCGCUCAAAAAUGUCUUCUCAAGGGAGAAAAUUUUGGAUGCACUCUUACCUUUCUGGGAAUGACCCAGGAGACUUUCCUUAUGGCUCAAACAAUCUUGAUUUCUCACAACAAACAAGAAAAAUACACUGACCGAGGUUGCAUUUCUUUCUGGAUCCUCUUUGUACAAACUGGUCUCUUUGGAAAUAAAAGAUAGUUUUACCACUUCCUUGGAAA